AUGACUUCCAACAACAACAGAUCAUACAUUAUCAUCGGUGCGGGCGUCUUUGGAGUCUCUACUGCCUACCAUCUCAUCCAGAAAUAUCCCAAUGCCUCGGUGACUCUGAUUGAUCGAGAUGCAUACGACGCCGAGUCUCGAGUAGCCGCAUCCUGGGACUGGAACAAGGUCGUGCGCGCCGACUACGACGACAAAAUCUACUGUAAACUUGCCCUCGAAGCACAGGACAUCUUCAAGACCGAUCCCCUCUGGCAACCGCAUUUUCACCAGACGGGCGUCUACUGGACCUGUCGCAGCGACUAUGCGCAGAAUGUGAUCAACCAUCACAAGGAGCUGGGGCGCAACGACGACAUUAUCGCCUUGCCGGUGUCCGAGGCCCGGAAGCUGUACGGCGGUCUCUUUGACAAUGCUGAUUACACGGGAGUCAAGGAGGUGCUUAUCAACAAGGCUAGUGGCUGGGCUGCUGCCGGUGAUGUGCUCCGUGCGGUGACGAAGAAGUGUCUGGAGCUGGGUGUUCGGUAUGUGACUGACGAGGUGGUUACGCUUCAAUUUGAUGGUCGGGGCUCCUGUACGGGAGUGAAGACGAAGGACGGUCGGGUUCUGUCAGCCUCGAAGGUGAUUGUCUCUACGGGCGCGUUUACGCCGACUCUGUUGGAGUGGAGCGCUGCGGACAGUGGCAAUGCGGGGAUUCGUGCUGGAGAGCGGAUCUUGGCUGCCGGGAUUACGACGGGGAUGGCAAAAUUGAAGAAGGAAGAUCAUGAGAGGUUUAAGAACAUGCCGGUGGGAUUCCAGGGGUAUACUCCAGAGCAGGGCAAGCCAUUUAUUGGUAGCCUUCCGCCUACCAAAGAUGGAGAGCUCAAGUGGUGGGGAUCUAAGAUCUUCACGAAUACUCGCGAGGUCCUGCCAGGACGGUAUCUCUCCGCGCCGCCACCAUCGCAAGAUUACAAUCAGUGGAAGGUUCCUGGCCCUCUCAAGCAGGACAUCAUCGAGGCCCGAAACCUUUGGUACGGGCCGGCCAGUGCGGACUGGGAGAUGACCAAACACCGAAUUUGCUGGGACGCGUUCACAACGUCUUCCGACUUUAUCAUCUCCCCGCACUCGGCCUCCAAAGGACUCUAUGUCGCCACGUGCGGCUCUUUCCACGGCUUCAAGUUCUUCCCGGUUCUGGGCAAGUAUAUUGUUCAGAUGCUGGACGGUGAACUGGAGUCCGAAUUGGUGGAGAAGUGGGCGUGGGACCGCCAGCGUCCGGAUUCAUCUCUCAACGUCGAGUAUCCCAACUCGGAGAUGAGGCAUUUGUUGGGUCCCACGGCCAGACUGUAG